UUAUACAAAAUACAGUCUCCAACAAGGAAGCGUAAAAUCAUGUCUUGAGACAAGGACUUUUUCAUAACUGGAUUGGUCACGACUAGAUUAUACAUUAAUAUUGCAGUUUUGAAUGCAACACAAGUUUCACCUUGCCAUUUAUGAAACUGAUGAAAUUGCCUAGAAAGUGGUAGUUUGAUAUUUGCCAUAAUAUUAUGGCUUCAAACAAAAAAGAUCGGGUUUUUACCACCUCAACAUUAUUCAUUUGCAUAAUUUUCUUGCAGCUUUUGGCUUUCUGUCAAUCAUGUGAUUCGGGAUCCUGUUUAGAACAUGGUGCUACUUGUAACGCAACUGACAUUUGUGCAGCCAACCUUACUUGCACUAACUACACCAGUGAGAGUCUAAACCAUUGCCUUUGCAAUCAAAGUGACUAUUUUGUUAGCAAUAAUAGCUGUGUUUCAGUUGAUACUCUAAAAGUGUCAGCAGUGAAGGUAGCUGUCCAAGGAACAAAUUUCAUCACACUAAGCUGGACCGCCAAUAACCCUUACAAUAAAAAUGUUUCCUACUACAUGAACACCAGUAACCAAUCAGUACUUGCCAAUGCAACAGGAGGAACCAUACAAAAUCUUUUGUCUGGACAGAGCUACAAAAUAAAAAUAGUAUCCUCACUAUCAGAAACAUAUUAUCCAACAAUGACUACAUUUGAACAAUAUGACAAUGCCAAGACAAUGGCUCGAUAUAAUGAGAGCUGCAGCAGUACAACAAUCUGUGAAACAGGCACACAAUGUCUUAAUAGCUUCUGUUUGUGCAAGGACACUGAAUACAGGUUAAACAACUUAUGCCAUCCUAAAAAAAACCAUGGUGACGAAUGUAAUAGGACUGAAGAAUGUUUUACACAAUUUGAGUGCAAAAGUUAUCAAAAUAGCAAUAAACAUUGCUUGUGUGCAAAUAACAACUAUCAUACAUCAUCAAAUAACAGUUGCACUUCAGCUACUCAGCUACAAGUAAAAAACCCAUCUGUACAACGUAGAACAACAAGCUCCAUGUACAUAACCUGGUCUGUCAACACUGGAAUCCCUGCUAAUGUCAAUUAUAAAAUACAAGCUGGCUCUAUAACAUCACUUACAGCAAAUUCUUCUGGUGGAAAUAUCACUGGUCUAAGUCCUGGACUACAAUACACCUUGUGGAUCAUUUCUACACUUCCUGCAGAAAGUUACUAUCCUGAACUAAACACAAAUGUUUCAAUCACAUAUUGGACUUCCAACACAUAUGCUGGUAGUUGCAGUGACUCAACAUCAGACUGUGUUCCUGGUACAACAUGUCUAAAGCCAUUUAACUCUUCCAACACUAAGUCAUUAUGUUUGUGUGACAGUAGCAACAGUUAUGCAACAGAUGACCAUACCUGUCUUUCUUUGAGCAACUUACAGGUGGGCGACGUAACAUGGACAACAGAAACGCACAGCAUCAAUUUUAACUGGUCAACUAAACAUAUACUCAGAGCCAAUGCUACAUAUGCCAUCAUCAAUUCAACUAAUUCAAACACAUUGGUCAAUACAUCUUCUGGAGCUACUGUAGCAAGUUUGACCAAUCUUGUCCCAGGAACUAAAUACAGCUUGAGGAUUAGAAGUGAAUUACCAAGUGACAGCUACUAUAACAGUCUAAGUUUCACUGGUGAUGUUCUUGAUAUUGUGACUUUUCCUGCGAAGCCAGGAAAAGUUUAUAAUGUUACACAACUAUCAAAUACUACAACCAAUGGACCAUACGAGUACAUCAUUUAUUUUGGUGCAUCAGAAGGCAAUGUGGCAAAUUAUACAUUUGUUAUAAAGUACAACGGUAGUGUUGUAGACACUUUGAUCAACAGCACACCUUCUGUUGUAUCAAAUAAACUGACCCCAGCGAGAAUCUACUCAUAUGAAAUAACAGCAAAAAACACUGCAGGAAACGUGAGUGAGAUAACAACUGACACUUUUUCAACAUCUGCUAGCCCCUCUGAUGAGCCAUCAAACCUGCAAAUACCUGCUGACAAUAUCACAGCUGACACAGCUAUUGUUACCUGGAAGAUGCCAAACAAUCCCAAUGGAAACAUCACAGGAUAUGUUUUGUAUGUGACUUACAGCAAUCAGUCAUGUUUGCAGGUUUACUAUGUGGGGUGUAUGGACUGUAGUGUGCAAAAUUUGGCUACUGAUAAAUGCCAACAAUUUGAAAUAACUAGGAAAAACUACACGCAAAAUGAUUUGAAUAGCCAUAGCUCGACCAUCUCAAUGGAAAUCUCUAAGUUGGAUCCUUACACCAACUACACCGUGGUAGUAUUACCAUACAAUGAUGCUGGACAAGGCAAGCAAGCAAGUCAAUCUUUUACUACCAAAGUUGCACGUGCAAGUAAUCUUAUCAGUGUAAGUCUGAAUGCUACAAGGAAUGCAGAUAAAGUUGGAUUAGAUGUAACUUGGAUACCUGGAAGAUUCACUGGACCUACACAUUACACCAUUCAACUAGAGCAGAAAAUAAGCUUAAGUAGUAACAGUUACACCAUUAAUGAUACUAAAGAAGUUGUUGGUUAUGAUAAGAACUUCUUCUAUUUCCCUGACCUUCUGGGUCAUUGGGAUUACAAGGUAACUGUUACCGCAAACACAAGUGAAGGUCCAAGUUCACCUAAAGUAGAAGGUACAAAAACUUUGACAAAAACUCCAGGAUUAGCAACUUUUAGCAUUACAGUUGAUUCUGUCAUAGCCACUAAAGUUACUAUUUCAAUCAACUGCCCUAAAGAAAAAGAAAGAAAUGGUAUUAUCAUGAAAUAUACAGUUAAAAAAAUACUUUUGAAGCCUAACAUUAAUGAGCCUGAUAAUAAACUGAAUCAAAACAUCAGUAGAAUUUCAGAAAAUGAAAAUCCAUGUGAAGUGACACAAGGCCUGUUAACAGACAUAACAGUUGAAAGGAAUUAUUCAGUUGAAGUCAUGACAAUUAACCAGGAUUACCCAGGAAUUUUUUCAGAAGGUUUUAACUUCUUUGUUCCUGCAAAAUUACCUAUCAUCCCUUUGGGAACAGACGUAGUAAAAUUAUCAAACUCCAAAGAAAGUACAUUAGAUGUUACAGUCUGCAAAGAUUGUGUGGCCAAUGAUACACAGGGCAAGAUACAAGAUUUGUGGCUGGCUGUAUGUGCAGAAACUGCUCCCUGUUUUUCAAGCAAAAGAAAAAGAGCGGUUGAUGAAGUUUUCAACAGUACUUGGUCAGCAGCUAAAGCAUCUGGAUUUAAAAUUGGAUAUCGAACAACACCAUUAGAUUGGUUGAACCAAUUAAGAGCUUUCUCAAACAGUGAAGUACCAUUCACUGUUGGCAAUAACACUAAGUGUAAUUCUGGUGAAACUGGUGUUAUCUGCAAUGGACCUCUACCUUCCGCUACAAAGUUCAAGGUAUUUGUUUUUGUUUGUAACAAUGCUGGCUGUACUCGAGAAUCCUCCUCAGUUUUGGCAACACAAGUGGAGGACUCGCCUGAUACUGCUGCAAUUAUUGGAGGUGUGAUUGGAGGCUUUGCAAUAUUAGCCAUUUUGAUUGCUGUUAUUGUAAUUGCAGUGUUAUAUUUUAGAAAACGUCCAAAACCAAGUUCCCAUCAUCCACUCUGGGAUAUUGAUACUAAAAAAAUAAAAGAGAACAGGCCAAUAAGAAUUAGGGAGUUCAGAGAGGAAGUCAGAAAACUGCACAAAGAUUCCAAUCUUUUAUUCCAGGGGGAAUUUGAGGACAUCAAGAACCUCAGUGCCAGAUUUCCCCACACAUCUGAUGAGGCUAAAAGAGAAGGGAACCGAGUCAAGAACAGAUAUGUUGACAUUUUGCCUUAUGACCACACUCGUGUGAAACUGGACAUUCAACCAGAAGAUGAUGAUACUAUGGACUUCAUCAACGCCAACUACAUUCCUGGCUAUACCUCUGUCAGGGAGUACAUCGCCACUCAAGGACCCAUGCAUUGUACAAUCCCUGACUUCUGGAGGAUGACAUGGGAACAGAAAUGUCCAGUGAUUGUCAUGUUGUCAGAUCUACAGGAGCAGGGCAAGAGAAAAGUGGAUUUGUACUGGCCUGAGAACCUGAAUGAACCAAUCAACUACGGCAACAUUAUAGUAGAGAUGACCAACUUUUCUCAGCUUAACAAAUACAUUAUCAGAAACUUCACAAUAUCUAAGGGACCAGACACUCGUAAAGUGACACAUUUCUUCCUGCCUGGCUGGUGGGACUUCAGUGCCAACCUGACCACUGGUGAUGUUCUAGAAUUUGCCAAGCUGGUUCGGCAGAUGACCACACCAGCACAAACUGGGCCAAUCAUUGUUCACUGCAGCGCUGGCGUUGGACGAACAGGCACAUUUAUUGCUUUGGAUUACUUCAUGCAGUUUAUAGAAAAACACAGCCUUGAUGAAUCCAUUGAUGUUUUCAGCUAUGUGAUGAGGAUGAGAAACAACAGACCUCGAAUGGUGCAAGCUGAGACCCAGUACAUCUUUAUAUUUGAUGCACUGGAUGAAAUAAUAGCCAAGAAAAUCAAAGAAGAAGAGGAAAGAGAAAAUGAAGGAACAUACCAAAACGUGAAAGUCAAUGAGGAAAAUGUUUAUGCCAACACCAAGACAGCCUAUGACAAUGAAGCUUUUGAGCCUGAAUAUCAGAACAUGAGUUUUGGUGGGCAGCAAAAUGGCAGCUAUACACCUUCCCAGAAUGGAAGCCACCAGCCAACAACAUCACUGUGAUCUACACAACCAACAACAUCACUGUGAUCUACAUUUCCCCACCUUCUCUACCAGCCAACCCACAGACUCAAGCUUCAGUGCUUACAUUGGCAGUUAUAUUUAUGAACACUUUGUUUGCCUCUACAAAUCUACUUAAAUGAAUAGUGCUGUUUACAAAUAUUUAACUGUUUGUGAUUUAGAAUUCUGGUUAAAUAGAAGAAAAAAAUUUUUACGGCAUCUAAAAUCAGCAUAUACAUUGGGUCUUGGUGUCUUGUAAAAAUCAUUUAAUCAUAUUGCAUUACUUGAAAUUUUGAAGCUUGACAUCAUAUCAGAAACUGAUGUCACAAGACUAUGGAGAGUUGUGGCUCCAUAUUAGAGUGAUGUCACACCAUACAAAGUGAUGUGAAAAUGCUAACCAAGUUUGUUGUGCUGACCAGGCAUCACAAGUCCAAUAUAAUUUGUUAUGCAAUCAAUACAUUUUAUGCUACAUUUUUAAUUUAUUACAUAUAAAAAUUCAUUAGAUGAACAUUAAGUGAAUUGUAUUUUUUUUCUUGUUUUUUAUGUAAAGUUGACAAAAAUCUCAUAUUAGUUAUAUAAUGCCUUUUAUAUUAAUUGUAUUGCUAAUAUGUAUACAGAAACAGUUAUUUCAUCAAGACAAAAUUUUAAGUUGUGGAUCAUAUAAUUAAAAGUAAUUUGCUUUGUAAACCUCAUGCAGUUAUAUAAUGGAAUAUUUGGAGUUUAAAUUGAUAAAUCUUCCUUUAAGGUAUAUAUAUAUGUUGCUCUAUAAUUUGUUGUUGUUUUUAAAUACUAUGUAUCCUAAGCUAUUUUUCUUGACAUUUUCAACACGUGGUUUACAAAUUUUGAAGUUUAAACAUUGAUCAAUACAUUUGAUUGGCUACAUCCUGUAAAAUUUUUAUAUUUACACCAAUCAAAAUGACCUGUUAGUGAACAUUUAUACUACUCAAAGCCUCCAAUUUAGACAGUGACUCAAGCAAAUUUGAAGUAACACAUUAAUCUUUAUGAUGAAUCAUUUGUUUUAUUUUAUUCCCUCCCCUUACAUCAAAUUUUAACUUAUUUUUUUUCCAACAUUCCUGUUACGCUGCAAAUAAUGCUUGUUAACAAUAAAGUUGUUGAGUCAGUGCUUCCAUUCUCCAAAUUUGUUCCAGAUGUUGAGGUUAGGUUAGAUAAACAAUGGCGCAUUAUUUUUUAUUGUUGCCCUGCUGAUGUUAAUGUAAAUUAAUGCCUUCAUUAUCACUGGUUCACCUUAUGCAAAUAAUAUAUAUAUAUUUUUUUACAGUUAACUAUUUUUUAUACAUGAAUUAUAUUUAUAAAUAAACAUGUAUACAUAUAUGUAUCAAGAAAUUUUAAACCAAUUUGCUCUAAAGCACUAUUUCAUUUACAAUGAGUCUAAAAAAGUUUUAAAUUUCUUAUUUAGUUAUUAAAAUUUACAAUUUACUAAACUUAUGAUUAAAGUAUUCAGUGGUUCUGCUGUUGAACUUUGACAACAUGGCGAAUAAGUCAUAGUAUAAAACUAUAGUGCCUUUUUUUUAAGCAUUGAACAUUUUAAUCUACAAAUAGAUGUUUUUUUCAUCCAGGAGUUCAUAAACUCAUGAAAAUCUGUGUUGUGUUGAUUAAAAUCUUCUUGUAAAUAAAUUAUUUUAUCUUUUGAAGUAAAUUAAUCGCAUUGUAUGAAAUAUUUGUAACAGAUAACAAAUGAAAAGAUGAAUGUUGAUUUUAAAAAAUUAAUGUCUUCCACUACUGUAAGCCUUCAUUGUACUUACUAAUUUACCAAAGUUCUAAUAGUGUUUAAAUUAUAUUUUUUAAUUAUUUUUAUUUUAUUUUAUUUUUUUAUCUUACUGAGCUUAAAAAUUAAACAUAGGCCUGUUAAAACCACAUUUCUAAACUUAUGUAAACCACAUUUCGUAAUUUGAAUCAAAUCUUUAAUAAUAUGGUGUUGCAGUCAAUAAUGUUUAAAAUCUGGCUUGUUUUCAAUAAUGAAAUUUUUUCAUUACAUUUUUAAUUUCAGCUUAAAAUUAUGGCUAAAAUGUUUUCAAAACUAUUUUGGGAUUUUUUCAUUUGUUACUUUGCAACAAACUUACAAGAAAUUCAAGCUUGAAAAUUUUGUUUAUAAAAUUUAUACCGGUAUAUUUUGUCCCAUUGUGUAUAAAUAUUUCAGGCAUAGUACCUUUUAAUGGCUGUGUAUUUUUUUAACAUUGUGAAAUAUAUCAUUUCAUAUCCUUGUUACAUAUGAAUAUAUGCAGCGUAUCAUUUUAUCAUUUAUAUUGAUUGUAUAAUGUAAAAAUAAUCUACUUAAGAUGUUAAUUUUGUCUUGAUUACCACGCAAUGAUUUAGUUUGUGUUUCUGUUAUCACCAAGUAGCAUAUUUCAGUUUAUUUUUAAGACUGCUUUUAUAAUUUUAAAACAUCUAUUCACUAAUAAAUUGUACACACAUUUUUUUACUAAGUAGUUUUGAUUAUUAAAUUAGUAGAAAUAAUUUAUUGUAUGUAAUAUUGUAACUAGUAGUCUUAUAAGAAACUUAAAUGCGUUCAGUUUCGAAAGAAAGACUCAUUUUUAGAUAAGCAUGAUCCCAGUCUAUUUAGUUAUCUAACUUUGAAACAACUUUCUCUCUAAUAAACUUUUAGUUGUUAAACAGUAUCUUAAUAAUUUGGGGAGAUUUCAAAAUGUUUGUGUUCAUGCAUAAUACUAAUAGGCUUUUUUUAGUUAACUUUUGAUUUUGCUUAAAAUUUAAAACAACUUUGUUACUGAAUUUGAAGCAGGAAUCAACACUCAUAGUCAUAAUCAGUAUGUUUAGUUUAGGAAUUAAAAAGAAAAUAAUCAAGACUAUUUUUUUAUGUAAAAUAUAUUGACUAUAAAAAAAACUUUUUAUGUUACAAAUUACAAUAUGGAUAAUAAUGUUGAACAAAGAUAGGUCCACUAAAUAUAUUCAAUCAAUUCAUCAAACUGGUUUUGAGCCAAAAACUUCUCAUAUUGAUUUUAUAUGUAGUUGUUUAAAAAGGCAGAAAAGAAACUUUGCUUAUUUUGUUUAUUGCUCAUAUAAGCCUUAGCAGUUAUUUGUCAGAAACAAUGUACUCAACAUUCCAUGGAAUUAAAAAAGUUGUUAAAACUCUUGUGCUUUUCUAAAAUCAGUUGUGGACCUAUAUUUGAUAGUGAAAACAUCAAUAUCCUAUUUGUUGACCUUUGACCCAGCAGACUAUACUUUUAAUUCUAUUUUAUCUUCAAAUAUUUUAUAUUUACACCUUUAAGAAAUAAAAUUUAGUUAUUUAUUCAA